AUGAAGCUUCCUGAAGAUCUUGUGCGGCAAACACGCCGAAUUCGAAAUAUAGAACUCACACACUCUGAUCUCGAACCCCUAUUGUCCUCUGAUCGCAAGAAGAUUCCCGGAGUACUCAUUAAUGCAUACAGCGCGGUACUACAGGAUGGAGACGACAACCGUGACUACGUCGUAUUCAGCUCAUGGAUCGCUCCUCUCGCUACUGGCCAAGUUAGACCAAGUCCUGGACAUGGAUCUAUCGAGGGACACAUUCUACAAGCGUGCCGCUUACUCAGAGUGUCGAAAGGUCUACCCAACAUCAGCACGAAAGACGUCAAUGCCUUGCAUCCAUUGGUGCUCGGGUCUUUCGUUAUCGCUCGUACUAACAUGAGGAUGUAUAUAGGUGAAGUGUUGGAUUUAUACAAGAAGGGCAACCAUCGACACGGCUCAGUUCUCUCGACAAACAACAUUGCCGAGCUUUCGUACCUGUCCCUUCGUGUAUAUCGUGCUUUGGAUGCAGCUCAUGAUGACUCUACUACUAGUAGUGAUGAAGACUCGUCUCCUGAGCAUUCCGCUGUCCCGAUAUUUUCACGCACAUUCAAAACAUAUGAACUGCACACGCACGCGUUUACGGAGCAGGUUCUCUACCACGUAGGGAAAAAACCGUUCGCAAGCCAAGUCGGUGCCCAUUUCAUCCUUGACGGAGUCACAGCAGCUCGUUGGAAUGCCCUUGCACGUCCCUCGGUGAAGCGGGUGAUACUGAAGCUUCCAGCAGUGGGGAAAGGAUUGUCUAAGAAGCCAGUUAGAAAUUAG